AUAAUUAAAGAUUUUCACAAAUUUAUAAUAAAAAUCAAAUCUUUUUUCUGGGUUUUGAUUCUCUUAGAAUUCUUGGUUAUUGGGUAAUUUAUUAUUUUGUUUUUCAAAAUAAAAACUUUCUUGAUAGAUAUAUAGAUAUAGAUAUAGAGAGGUGUGCAAUAUAUAUAUUGUUAAAUUAUAUAGAUAUAGAUGUAUAGAUCUGGAGCUGUGAUGGCUUGGAAUGUAUUUAGAUUCUGUACGGCACUGAGAGGAUUAGGCUCAAUAAUGAUAUUGUUGGUUCUUGGUGUUGUUGGUGUUUCCUAUUACGCUGUCGUUUUGUCUAUUUAUGGACCUGCUUUGACCUCUGGUGGCCUUGAUUCUUUCAUUUCACUUGCUGUUUUGAUCUUGUUUCAUUCCCUGUUGGUGAUGCUAUUAUGGAGUUACUUUUCUGUGGUUCUCACAGACCCUGGUGGUGUGCCGCCUAACUAUAGACCAGUUGUAGAUGAAGAAAGAGGUGAUGCUGAUCGAUUAGGCGGAUCUGAAUUCAGCCCAUUGGCCACACCUGAUCUACCGCAUGCAAGAAUCCGUUAUUGUCGAAAAUGUAAUCAAGUAAAACCUCCCCGUUGUCACCAUUGUUCUGUUUGUGGGAGGUGUGUGCUGAAAAUGGACCAUCAUUGUGUGUGGGUUGUUAAUUGUGUCGGUGCACAAAAUUACAAGUACUUCCUUCUCUUCCUGUUCUAUACACUUCUGGAGACAACCCUUGUAACAUUAUCUCUGUUACCGUAUUUCUUAGCCUUCUUUAGCGACGGAGAGAUUGCUGGGUCCCCUAGCACUCUAGCAACGACUUUUCUUGCCUUUGUUCUGAACUUGGCUUUCGCUUUAAGCGUUUCCGGGUUUCUGAUCAUGCACAUAUCACUGGUGUCUGGGAAUACUACAACUAUUGAGGCAUAUGAGAAGAAAACGAGUCCAAAAUGGCGAUAUGAUCUUGGCCGAAAGAGGAACUUUGAACAGGUAUUUGGAACUGUUGAGAGAUACUGGUUUAUUCCCGCUUACAGUGAAGAAGAUUUACGUAAAAUGCCAGCCCUUCAGGGUCUGGAGUAUCCAUCGAAGCCAGAUUUGGAUUCCCAAGAAUUCUGAACAUGAAACAUAAAUUUACCAAUAACUUGAAUCUCAAGCCCCCCACCCCAACUGAUACACAUCAAAAAGAUUAUAACUGAUUGGAUAUUUAAGUAGCAUUGCUUCUGGAGAGAAAUAUGAGUGUUUCCAUGGUAGCAGAUCAAGCGGGGAUUUGUUCUCUUUGAGUUGUUGGGAUCAUGAAGUUGCUGCAAGUUAUAUGUAGGGCUCACACGAAAUGUACAUUAAUAGCACUUUCACAAUCUGACCCAUACGAAAUGGUGAACUAGUUUUCCUGGUUCUUCGGUGUUUUAUGUAGGAUUUGGUGUCAAAAACAUGGAUGUUAUGGGCUAUAUGUUUUGUAUAUUUUGUAGCAUUGUAAUUUGUUAUAGAGCUUUGGAUAAUCAUUGUAGUUGUGUAUUUGGAGAAUCAUAUCGAUAGUUUUGCUUUUUGGGCAAGAUCACUGAAGUUCAAUACUCGAUACUACAUUUAAAUA